CUACAGAAUAGCGGUGACCAAAUUUCCUCGGAUAGUGACAGCGAUAGCGAUAUGCCCCUCGGCUGAAUCGAAGAGGCCGAAUUAUUUCUGCCCAAUUAUUUCUCAAUGAAACCGGGAGGGCGCUGCUAUUGGUUAGGAACGACCUGGAAGUGAAACUGCAUGUUACACUCGGUAUUUUCAUUGCUGCACAGCAGACGCAACUACCUUUAUCUACAAUAUUGUCACUGUUUUUACUUUUGAGGAUUAGAUUGCACUCUACAGAAACUAAUCAAAUGGCGUCCGGAGAUUUUAAAGCUGCUGAAGUGCUUUCCUACGAAAGCCUUGUUCACGCCGUUGCAGGGGCUUUGGGCAGCGUCACCGCAAUGACGGUGUUCUUCCCUCUCGAUACAGCACGAUUACGUCUGCAAGUGGAUGAAAACAGAAAAUCCCGGUCAACUCCUGCUAUUCUGGCUGAGAUCAUAAAAGAGGAAGGACUCCUGGCUCCCUACAGAGGCUGGUUUCCCGUCAUUUGCAGUCUCUGCUGCUCCAACUUUGUAUACUUCUACUGCUUCCACAGCCUGAAGGCCGGCUGGCUCCAGGGACAUAGAGCCAGCCCAGCUAAAGACCUCAUCAUAGGCAUUGUAGCAGGGGUAGUGAACGUCUUGGCAACUACACCACUAUGGGUGGUGAACACCAGGCUGAAGUUGCAAGGGGCGAAGUUCCGCAACACAGAUAUACGUCCUACUCACUACACAGGCAUAAUGGAUGCCUUUACUCAGAUAGUGCAGGAUGAGGGUGUUGGAGCGCUGUGGAACGGUACCUUCCCCUCUCUGCUGCUGGUCCUGAACCCUGCGGUGCAAUUCAUGAUCUACGAGGGCCUGAAGAGGCAACUGGGGAGGGGCAUCCACAGAGAGUUGUCCUCUUCGGAAGUAUUCCUCAUCGGUGCUGUUGCCAAGGCAGUUGCGACUACUGUGACCUACCCUCUGCAAACGGUGCAGUCAAUCCUCAGGUUUGGCCAACACAGGCAACAGACAGACCGGUCCAGGCUGAUGAGCAGCCUGCGAGGUGUCAUGUACCUGCUGAUAAACAGAGUCAGAAAAUACGGCAUGCUGGGCCUGUUUAAGGGGUUGGAGGCCAAACUCCUGCAGACGGUCCUGACCGCAGCCCUCAUGUUUCUGCUCUACGAGAAGAUAGCCAGUUUUACCUUUGGUGUCAUGGGAAUGAGGAGACCUGUGUCCAGUCGUUGAUGCACUCACUUAACUUUGCCUUGAAUGUGGGUCUGUUGAAUUGCCACUCUGUAUUUGUAUUUUUGUUUUUGUUAAUUUAUUUAAAACUUUUUAUAAUAACAAAAACAUGACAUGAAGCAAGGAGGCUUUAUUCGUGGAUGCUGGAUAGGUUCAUCAGGUCCUAACUGGCUUUGUUUUAUUUGUCCAGUAUAUUUACUCACCAAACUGAGUAACAAAGUGUUUUGUCUACAACAGUUGGCAUAAUUAUAACAGCAAUGAAAUGUCAAAAAUCAUAAUAUAUUACACUGAUAUUGUGCUGUUUUCAAAACAAACUCGUUAACAGGCAAUUUUGAAUGUUAGCUGUGAUUUUUGUUAAUAUGAAUAAAAUAUUGUGCUUUUUUUUAAAUGA